GGGAAGAUCCUAUGGAACCACAGAACAUCACCCGGGUGUCAGAGUUUACCCUCUUAGGGUUCUCACAGACCCAGGAGCUCCAAAAAUUCCUGUUCCUGGUGUUCUUAUUUGUCUAUGUCACCACGGUUGUGGGAAACCUCCUUAUCAUGGUCACAGUGACUUUUGACUCCCAUCUCCACAUGCCCAUGUAUUUUCUGCUUCGAAACCUGGCUGUCAUAGACCUCUGCUAUUCCACAGUCACCUCCCCAAAGACGCUGGUGGACUUCUUUCAUGAGACCAAGACCAUCUCCUAUGAGGGAUGCAUGGCCCAGAUAUUCUUCUUCCACCUCUUGGGAGGUGGGACUGUCUUCUUCCUCUCAGUGAUGGCCUAUGACCGCUUUGUUGCCAUUUCCCGGCCCCUCCACUAUGUCACCAUCAUGAACACUCAGCUCUGUGUGGGGCUGGUGGUGGCCACCUGGGUGGGGGGUUUCGUCCACUCCAUUGUCCAGCUGGCUCUGAUGCUCCCGCUGCCUUUCUGUGGCCCCAACAUCCUGGAUAACUUCUACUGUGAUGUCCCCCAAGUAUUGAGACUGGCCUGCACUGACACCUCCCUCCUGGAGUUGCUCAUGAUCUCCAACAGUGGGAUGCUGGUUUUCAUCUGGUUCCUCCUCCUCCUGAUCUCCUACACUGUCAUUCUGGCGAUGCUGAGGUCUCACUCAGGGCAGGCGAGGAGGAAGGCAGCGUCCACCUGCGCCACCCACAUCAUCGUGGUCUCUAUGAUCUUCAUUCCCUGUAUCUACAUCUAUAGCCGGCCCUUCACCCCAUUCCCCAUGGACAAGGCUGUGUCCAUCAGCUACACUGUCAUAACCCCCAUGCUCAACCCUAUGAUCUACACCUUGAGGAACCAGGAGAUGCAGGCAGCCAUGAAGAGAUUAGGCAAACACCUAGUGAUUUGCAGCAAGAAGUGAACU